AUGAUCUACAUAUCUUGCCGCCUGCAGCUGGGUGAGCCCCAGCUGCCGCCUCUGCGCCCGGGCCACUACCACAUCGAUUUGGCGAGCACUGAGCACGGCGACUACCAUGACGGCCUGUGGGAGGGAGUGGGUUGCGUGGAGUGGGUUCUCAUGCAGGAGGACAUUAGCGUCAGGUUUUUUCUUAAGGGGCUCGGAGGUGUGCAAAACGGAAGGGAGCAUAUGGGGGCGUAUGCAUUUGCAGGGGAAACUUUCCUUAGCGCCAAGGGCGUUUGGGUGAUGGCAGACCUAUCCCGACAGCUCUCAGUCGGGCUAACGUCCAACAGUGGGAGCCACGCUGAUUUGCACGGCUUCCUGCACAGCUCGACACAUGAUCGCACGGAGGCGACCCACACGCUGUUGGACCCGCAUGGCCAAAUGCCGCCCGCGCAGCAGGCUUCAGUGCGCGAAAUACAGUAUACCUUGGAGAAGCUGCAACAUCAGCUAUCAGCAGACGCCCAUGCUUCACGCCUGUCGGAACUUCGCUCCAAGCAACGCCUCGUCGAGUCUUUGUCACAGCCACCACCGCCAGCGGGCCAGCUUUUCGCGGUCCGCUCCUGGCCAGACCAAGUUGGGUCUUCUCCAGAGCGCAUCCCACGUCCCAUCGCCCUCAACGAAAUUCUGCAUGGCCUGCACCGCGGCGCGACGUCGUCUCCAGCGACCCGCUCCCCCACUCCACCCCGCCGCAACUCCUCACCCAGAGCGUUGAACUUCACGGGUGUCAUGCCCACGCCCGCGGGUGCCGUACAUCCAGUGACAGCAAAGGGACCCGGUGGUGGCGGCGGCGGCACCAGCCUACAACAGCGCCCGACGACGCAACCUCCUGCCGACACACACAGCACCCAUACCCACACCUCCACCGGCAGCCCAGCUAUCACACAGCUCAGGGGAGCGCGUUCCCCUGGCUCGCCAGCCAUCAAGCCGCGGGCUAGUAGACCCUCCUCCUCCCCUUCCUCCCCUGGAGCCUUGGCGGUCAAAGCCCGGGGCCGGGCCCGGCCAGCGGCGGCCUUCCACCGCCACAGCGGCGGCGGCGGCGCCGGAGGCGGCGAGGCUGUGGGAGCAACAACAACACCCAAGACGGGCACGUCGCCAUUGCGGACGCCACGAAGAGUGGGUUUCGGAGCCCCUGGUCCCGAAGUAGAAGCAGGAGAAGCGGAGGAGCCAGGAGGCCCAAUGGGGCUUUUCCCCGGGCGAAAGUCGCUGCGCCCCGCGCAAGUGAACCGCGCUCGGUUCUCCACUUUCGUUUUGCCUCAGCCACCUGCAGUGGCCGAUCCAGCAUCGCCGCCCGCAGACGUCACAAGGGGGCCCGCCCCGGCUUCGGUGGUUGCUGACGGGGGCCAUGCAGCGCCGGCGCUGCCUUUCUCACUGGGGCUGGCUUCGCCACCUUCCAGCUGUAGGCCAUCCUUCAUGAACCAGAACCCGAUGGCCGGCGCUACAUGUCCCCAGGGGGGUCCACAUCAGCAUCGGCGUCUGCAGGGAGUGGCGGAGGCGCAGGCGGCGGAGGCGGAGGCGGCAGCAGCAGUAGCAGCAGCGCCCGUGGCGCCGCCUGGGCGCGACGCAACAGCGGCGGCGAGGGGGGUUUCGUCACCCCCGCCGUCAGUGUCUGCGCCACGCUCUCUCAGUACGCCAGUUUCGUACUCCACGCCGCAGCCGUCACCUCCCGUGGCCGCAGCGGCAGUGGCCCAGGCACCCGCCGCGCCUUGGGCGGCAUCCGGCGGCGGCCCCGGGACUUCACGGCUCUUCGGCAACCCGAGCCUGCAGUCGCGCUCUAGCAGUUGGCAGCAUCGUCAGCUCCACUUGCAAUCGCAACCGCAACUACCAUUUCGUACGCAGGCGCUCCUCCCAAUGAAUAUGCCCAUAAUGGGCCGCGCGCGUGCAUCCCCUCCGCUGGCCCAUGCCGUUCCAGCUCGCCCCCACGUCCCCCGUGUACUUUCACACGUGCAACCCAAUACAAAUCCGCAGCCGCAGCAGCCGUACCAGAUGGGGGCGGCGGAUCGAAGCGUGAUAACGGAGUCUCUGCUGGACCAUGCGGCCGCGGCGCAGCGGCUGCAGACGCAGCUGUUAGAGGACGCCAUCGCGGCCAACGGCAGCGGCGCCAUCGUUACUGACGGCGAUGGCGGUGGUGAUAUUGGGUCCCUCGCCUCGCCGGCGCGGUCCGGCGCUGGUCUGGCGAGCAGCGAUGCCGGCGGCGCGCCGUCACUGUACGACAUAGACGGCCUGGGGCCGGGCUCCUCUGUCGCAGGCACAGCCGCCAGGGUGUCGUCGCCACCCCGGCGGUUUCCAGACACAGCGUGGCCAGAGCAUGGCGCUGCCGCUGCAUUUGGUAGUUCGGUUCGGAUGGUAGAGUCUCUUAUGCGAGGUGCCGGCGUAGCGCUGGCGGCAACUGCGGCGACAUCCAGCCCUGAAGUACGGACGUGGGCGGCGCCAGGCCCGCCGGCGACGUCGCGGCUGUCGUCGGCCGCCCGAGGUGAUGUCGGUGUUGCAAGCACCUCGUCUCCACUGCGGCCGGGAGUUCAGGCUGCAGCCGGCAUUAGCACCCGAAAAGGCUCGCCCGCCGACGGUCGCGCCACUGCUGCCACUGCCGCCAGCAGCAGCAGCGGCAGCCCGCCACGUACGGCACAGGGGCUGCAGGCGCUUCUAGCGUCCCUACAACAGAAGUUCGAGCUGAGACGAGAGCGACGGCGGGCGGCUCGUGCUUUGGAAGGCUGGCGCCUCGCUGCGGGGCCCGGAAGCGGUGCGGCGGAAGCAGGCGACGUGGCCAGCGCCACGUCCACACGCCCGGGGCGAUACGCAGCGUCAUCGGACGGUACACCGACGGCGACGACGAUGGAGGUGGUUUCGGAGCUGGGCCCGCCACUGCGGCGUCACUGGACCUCCUACACAUACGAUACGGUAAAAACGCAGUGGCGCGAGGAGGUGGGUCUCAAGACCAGCAGCGAACUAACAGCCGCCAGCGGCAAUGCUGCCGCCGCCGCUGGCGGAGGCGCCAAAGGAUCACCGCCGUACAGCGUCGUCAGCUCCUGGAGCCCGCGCCCGCUGCUGCUGGAGGAAGCGGGGCCCGCCCGGGCCCCUCCUCAACGAACUCCUCCCCGGGACGCGAAAACGUGGCGGCGGCAGCAGCUGCGGCGGCGGCGCCUUUACAGCGGCUACAGCCGCAGGACUUCUGGCGGGAACCGUCACCCAGGCUCCACCAGCGUCAUCCCCACGGCGACGGGCAUGGGAAUGGAGGGGGUGGUGGCGUUGGUGAGGCGCGGUGGCGGCGCCAGCGGUGGUGGAGGCAAGGUCGUGCAGCCGUCGUCGCAGCCGCCGCUGCAGCCUCGCGGCGGAGGCGCCGUCACUUCCGCCUCUGCCAGAGCCAUAUCAACUACGGGGCGUGCUGCUGCAGCCGUACCGGCCUCGUCCGCUGCUGGCGCCGCUGCAGCCGAGGCGCAGCAAAUGGUGGUUUCGUCGCCCGCUAGCAGCAAGGCGAUGUUUCGGGACUUACAUGAUAUGGUUGGCGAGAUGGAGCGACUGCUCAUCGCCAUGAAUGACGACGUCGUCGGCGCCGCGGCCGCCGCGGCGGGCAUCAGCGCAACCGCCACCUCUGUCGCCGCCGCCGCCGGCACCGCCAAGACAGACACGCCUGGGCGCGCCGGCGCCACCAGUGGCACCGCUGGUGCCACACGCACCAGGGCUACAGCCACCGCGCCGUCACCCGCACAUCAGGACCCGCCACUUCGCCAUCCCGUACAUCCCGUACACCCACAAUCGCCAGGCCUUCGUGGCAGCAGCCCAGCUCGCCCUCAGCACCUGCCGAACAGCAACGAGGGCAGCGGAGCCGAUAAGAACGCGCACAACUCACAUGAUGGCCACGACAACGGAGCACCGCUGCCGGCGGCGCGACAGCCUCCACCACCAUCGCCACAUCGGCGACCGGCGGCAGCGGCGACGGCGGUUUCCGUUCCUGCCUCCGCCAGCCGUACACAUGCCUACACCGCCUCCGCCGCAGAUGCUAUGUCGGAUCAGCUGCAGGAGAUGCGGCAUAGCAUCCGACGCAUCGAGCAGGAGAUGUGGGGUGCCGCCGCCGCCACACAGUCCCUGGCACGCGGUGCCGCCGCGGCGGCGGCCGCCGCCGCCGAGCCAAUGACCUCUCGCCAGCUACAGCCUCUUCACCCUCAUCCCACCUGGCAGUCGGCGACGGUGCAGCCGCCGGCGGCUUCCACGUCGCGAGCUGCCGCCGCCGGCGCAACCGCCAGGCCACCAGCCGCUGCCGCCACCGCCACCGCCGCCGCCGCGGAUGACUUCGGCAACGGCCAUCCUCCGCUGGGCAAGGCGCAUUCCUCCGUUUCCUCCUCCUCCCGAACGACUUCUUCCACACGGCACACCACCUUCUCCCUCCGAGAAGCUUUCCUGCAGCCGCAUGGCAGCGGCGCCGAUGACGGCGGCUCCGCCGGCACCGCGGCCUCCUCCGCCAGCGACUCCGGCAGUGCCGCCGCCAGCCGCAGGGCCGGCCGAGCUUCCCUCAACGGACGCAGUGUCGACGGCACCGGCGGCGGCGGCGGCGGCGCCAGCGGCGGCACCCACACCGCGCACACAUUCACGCACGCCCCUGCGACGAUGGCACGCCCCGUGGUUCCCUCGGGCCUGCCCCCCUCCCCCUCCCCUUCCCUCGGUGGCUUCGGGGGCUUGGCCACUGCUACUCUCCAACCCUACGUACCUCCGCCCUCUGCACCCAGCGGCGGCGGCGGUGGCGGCGCCUUUCCGGCUUCAGGUGGCGGCACCUCGCCGCCCGCCUCCCCGGGGGUGACCCGCCAUGUGGAUGCGCUAGAGGCUCAGCUGCUGGAGGAGCUGGGCGAGCUGGAGGACGCGCUGCAGAAGCUCAAGGGCAACACGGGCAGGACGGUGAUGGGGCGUGUCCGAAUCUAUCACCAGCGCCUUCGCCGCGCCCACCGCCACUACUGGAGGAAGGGGAGGGAGAGCGGAGCUAGCGAACCUGCGGUUCUCGGCUGCUUACGAGGGCAGAGGCCGCCUCUCCCCUCCGAUCAAUGGGUUAUGCGGACAGCACCGGUCCUCACUCCUGGAGUGACAACUUCAACUUCCGAUACUUACUUCCGUUUAAAGAUCAUCGUUCCGCACAACACAGGGACUAUGAGGCAGAGAACUGGUACCCACGGGAAGUUUGCGCUGGUUGACAGCAUCCUAGGCCCUGAGACCCGCUCAGAGCCCCUGGAUGAGCAGGAACAGGAGGCCGUGAUCCGCGAAUUUGAAGCACUUUCGUUACAAGACCACACGAGAUGGCGAAUAGUUUUCGGGGGCGGCGCGCUCGUUGCGGGACUCUUCUUCCUCUAUGCAGCAUGGCGGCAACACGUCGAACCCUUCGGCGUGCGUUACACGGGCGAGCUCCGCAGUGCCAUCCGCGCCGACGUUGCCACUUCGGUUCUACUACUGCAAGCCCUGUCACUGGUGCUUUCCGCGGGAUCCUUGCUGACCAGCAAAUUGCCACCUGCAGGCCAUCGGGCGGCGGAUGGCGGCUUGCCGUACACAACACGCCAUCGCGCGGUGAUGCGGGUGGGCGUCGCGGGUGCCGCCGUGGGCGCUGUCUGCUGGACGGGUGUCUUGAUACGCAUGGUGCAUCUACACGGUCGCAAGCACGGCUCACAUUGGGAGCUGUCCUGGCUUCCGCUGGGACCUCUGAUCGCCUGUCUGCUGUGUGGCCACGUGGCAUCCAUGCUUACAGACACAGAGCAGGAGGCCCAGGAGGAACAAGGGCAACGGGUAACGGGUAAUGAAUCCACAAAGAAAAGCAACCCCGGCAUAUAUGUGGCCCACCAACACCUGCCUACAUGUAAAAAAAAUCUGUUACAUGUAGGCAGGUGUUGCAGGCCUCAGAAGGUGUUGCCAACGUCCAGCCGGGGAUGGAGAUCCAGCGGCUUCACGGCUACCGGUACCGCUUCAAGAAGCUGUGAGCACCGCCUUGGCUCCAUGCAGUUCCACGGUGCCGGUUCAACCGAUUCCAAUUUGCUUCCCUCGACCCGCGGGUCGUUCCAGCUGGUCCGCGGGCCAACGCAGUCGGCCCAUUUGUUGGCGACGAAGCUGUGCAUGUGCCCUAGGGUAUCGGCUCAGUUGAAGGCACAAGUGGUCGCGACGGCCCCCGCCAGCGGCCGGUGGACGGUGGCCCAUAUGGCUACCGCUUGGCAGCGGUUCUCUUACCAUCACUGGAAUCCCUAGGCCAAAUUUAAGAUGCUAUGCUCGUGCCGGUUUUUGUGGUUUUACGAGGUAACACUCGGGCCAGGAUAACACUCCAAACUGCUAUCGCACAGAUGCUUGGCUGGGCGAGGCGUCUGGUAACUAGCGUCCAAGGCGUGAAUGUAAGUAAACACAUCUU